AUGACAGCGAACGAACAUCUGCAAGAACAAGAGGAAGUCAGAGCCACAAUGAUUGCACUCAGUUCUUGUUCUCAAUGCGAUCCAUUGGGAACGUCGUCUUGUGAAAAAGGCCCACAUGGAUUCAUCUGCGUCUGUAAACCAAACUGGGAGGGGUCAUACUGCCGACAAAUGCCGAAUCAGUGCGCACUGAGUCACCUUGAGUGUGGAGAGAACGGCAACUGUACUUCGGAAAUCGACAGAGCAUUUUGUUCAUGCAGUGAGAAGUAUGUCGGAGAGCAUUGUCAGAUUGCGGUGAACAAUAUCACGUUCGAAUCAGCAAACGAGAAUUCCCAAGCGUUCUGCCAGAGCCUUCGAUCCUUAACCGUACUCCUCGCAGCCAUCGUAGCUCUUCUAUUUCAACAUCCAGCAAUCUUUGGCAUUGCGCCGAUGCAGUGCAAGACGUGGUUCUAUAUUGCAACCAUCUGUUUUUCUAUUGGUGGGUAUCUACUGUUCGAUGAACAGCUGGUAUUGGCUAGUUUGUUAGAAAGGGUACCCAUCAGUGAAGAUCAAGAGGAUGCUGCGGAGACUAAGGCAAAAGGGUAA